AGUGGGAAUCAUUUUCGUCUGAUCCAUUUAUGGUGCUAAGAUUGUAAGGUGUGGCGGAAAUGUGUUCUUCGAUUAGUGUGCUCUGAAAAUGCAUUUUUCUUUUACAAAUUUUGUUUUAAAUGGAGAUGAUAAUUUAUUAAGCUUAUCUCAAUUGAAUGUUAGCUUUUAAAAAUAUUUUUCAUUAAGACACAAGUUUAAAUUUCCUUUGUGUGAUUGACAUCUGUCAGUGGUUUUAUUUUCAUAUUGCAUUUUAUCGAAUUGGAAAAUGGAAGAUAUUUUUCACUGGUGUCGGGAAGGCAAUGCCUUUCAAGUUCGUGUUUGGUUGGAUGACACAGAGCACGAUUUAAAUGAAGGAGAUGACCAUGGGUUUAGUCCAUUACACUGGGCUGCUAUGGAAGGAAGAGCCAAUAUAGUGGACAUGCUUAUAAUGAGAGGAGCAAGAAUAAAUGCAACUAAUAUGGGAGACGAUACUGCUCUACAUUUAGCUGCUGCCCAUGGACACAGAGAUGUCGUUCACAUGUUACUAAGAAACAAAGCUGACAUUAAUGCUGUGAAUGAACAUGGUAACGCUCCUCUUCAUUAUGCUUGCUUCUGGGGAUAUCAGGCAAUAGCAGAAGAUUUAAUAAACAAUGGAGCUAUUGUAACAAUAUGCAAUAAAUAUGGUGAGACACCACUGGAGAAAGCCAAGGGUGCAUUGGCUCAAAAAUUACUAGAGUUGGCUGUUCAACUGGGUCAAGACACAAAGAAAAUUCCUUACAAAGAUCAAAGUUGGCUGGGAACAAAAACAAGAUCGCGUGAUGCUACAUUAUCACGUCAUUCUGGGAUCAACAUGAAAGAAAUCAGUUUUCAAUUUAAGUUGGCAGUCUCACCUUCUGGAGAAACUUGGAGAGGCCUUUGGCAAGGAAAUGAUAUAGUUGCUAAAAUCCUGAAGCUGAGGGAAGCUCCACCAAGGGUCACCAGAGAUUUCAAUGAUGAAUAUCCUCGUUUAAGAAUUUUUUCACACCCAAAUGUCUUACCUGUCAUAGGAUGUUGCGCUACUCCUCCAAGUCAUAUUAUAAUCAAUCAAUAUAUGCCAUUUGGAUCUCUUUAUACAGUUCUUCAUGAAGGAACUGGAAUAGUUGUGGACACCGGCAAAGCUUUAAAAUUUGCUAUUGACAUUUGUAGAGGAAUGGCGUUUUUGCAUACACUUGAUCCACUGAUUCCCCGCCUUUAUUUAAGCAGCAAACAUGUUAUGAUUGAUGAUGAUCUCACUGCGAGGGUAAAUAUGGCUGAUGCAAAGUUCUCUUUCCAAGAAAAAGGGAAAAUGUAUAGCCCGGCAUGGAUGUCACCUGAAGCCCUUCAAAAGAAGCAAGAAGACAUCAAUGUUAAAGCUGCUGACAUGUGGAGUUAUGCUAUAUUGUUGUGGGAACUAGCAACCAGAGAAGUUCCAUUUUCUGAUCAAUCUCCUAUGGAAAUUGGAAUGAAGAUUGCUCUUGAAGGGUUGAGAAUUACCAUUCCACCUGGAAUUUCUCAACAUAUGUCAAGAUUAAUAAGGAUUUGCAUGAAUGAAGAUCCUGGAAAAAGACCAACAUUUGAUCUUAUUUUACCAAUUCUAGAAAAAAUGAAGCAGUGAUUUAAUGCAAAUUUUAAUACAUCAUCUAGUUUCUCUAACAUUAAGAACUUGAAGUUUUGCAAUUUUUGAAUCUCUAACAGAAAAAAAAUUCUAAAACAUUGAGUGAUUGAAAAGCUCAGUAUGUAUUCAAGAUAUAUGGUUGCCUGUAACUUCAACAUGUCCAUCUCCAAUAAGAGUAUGAGACCUUUAAAGAAGGCAGGAUGCAACUCAUUGACUUGACAAACUGUUUAAUUACUUUAGAUGCUUUAUUAAAUCAUUUCUUCUUUUUUUAUUGUGUCAAAAUGUUUGGCAGAAAUAUUUUGGUGACUAUUACAUGAAGGGUAAAAUACAGGGGAGAAGCCCCGUCAGUCAGUUUUUUUUCAAAGAAACUGAAUAAUUGUGCCAUUAAGUGGUUGUUGAAGUAUACUUUUCAAAUUGUCUAUCAUCUUUGUGCAAAACCUUUUACGUCAGCUGAAAUAUUUCUUUGAAAAUAUGUGGUGCUGGGGGGAAAUCCCAUCAGUCAAACGUUGA